AUGUCGUCAAGGCACUCAAGACGAUCCCAUGGUCACAGCUCUGGCAGGAACUCUCGACGAACAACCCAAAACACUGCCCAGCUCAUCGAAUCUCUAAACACACAUCGUGUAAACACUCUCACUGAACUCUGCCGCAUCGAGCGUGUGGCAGCCACUGCUUCAGACGAAGAUCAACUUGCGUUCCAAGGGCCCAUGACAUCGGCAUGGACUUAUUAUGUUACGUCUAACAAUCUACUCAGCGAGCUCCGCGGUUUGACCAGAAAUUAUCCAUUCAGUAGCGACGCACUCGAUGAUGCGAAGUGGAGAGUUAGCAACGACCCCGAGAGUAAUCGGAGUUGGAACUAUGCAUGGUUGGUACUGAUCAAGAUGAGGGAUGACCAAAUGGUGGAAGCAUAUGCUGCAAGCGAAGCUGCUAAGCCAGAGAUGUGGGGCGGGAGGGUACCUGAGGCUGAAGAAGCACGACAACUUGCAGAAUGCUUUGCUUGGGAGUGGAAUGAAGCUCUCGAGCAGAUGCUGCGGCACUGGGACACUCCUCCCACAACCACUGGAUACUAA